UUGAUAAAAGCUGCUGGAAACAAUGCAGUUAUCUGCAUUUCAAAGAACAGUUUGAAAUGGAGAAAACCUUCCCAGAAGAUGACUGCGUGGAUUCAGGAGCAGAGACAGGGGGAUCUGAUUACAGCCCUCUGUCCUCGACGAGCAGUGAGUUAUCCAUGGGUGAGCUCCAAGAUCCAUUCCUCGUCAGCAUCCACCUCAUCACUGACCCCGGCCAGGCCAAGUUCCUUCAGCGUGCUGCAGACGCCGUGCUGGCGUGGGUUCACCCUGAACUGCAGCUCUUCAGAGUCUCUGAGCGGGCGUCCUCCUCCCAGCGGCCUCGGACGAAGCGGUACCAAAACGGCAGUCCGCCCUCGGGGUCUCAGCCAGCCAUGGCGGUCAUCAUCUUCCUACAGGAAGCGUACGGUGGCGAGGAGCGGAUUCUGAUGCUGCACCGCACUCUUCAGAGACCGCCAUGGCGUUACCAUCAUACUGAAAAAGUCAGCAAUGGCCGCAGCAUGCUGCCUCUCACACCUUGCAGUCAGGACUUUUUUACCUUGUCACCGGGCACUCCACUCUGGGCUGUCCGGCAGGUGCACUACGGCAAGGAAAUUGUCCGAUUUACAGUUUACUGUCGCCAUGAAAACUAUGUUGACAUGGUCCGGCUUUACAAGCUACUGCUACAGCGACGUGUAGCGCAGAAGAAGGAGGACUUUUGUUUCUUUGUGGUGUACUCCAACCCUGACAUGGAGAUCCAGCUGUCAUUUAAGAAACUCCCACGGGGACAGAAUCCUGUAGUUCUGGACUCCGCAGUGAUGGAGGUGAGAGUACGAGACGUUGGCGUGCUGGUCCCACUGCUGCCACACCCCUGCAGUCCUAUCAGUGACGUCCGCUGGCAGACGGAGGACUAUGAUGGAAAUAAAAUCCUGCUCCAGGUUCAAGGUGGAAGCUUGAGGAACAGACAAGACCCCUGUUACAUAGCGACUGCUGUUGUUGAGCCACAUUCAACUCCAAGCACCUUUACCCGCACCGUCAACUCACACAAAAACCGCCGCCACCAGCCGAGAGUGACCUCCCGUCCCGGAGGCCACCAGAGCUCCAACCUUUCCCUCCCUCUGGCCUGCGAGGAGCAGGAUGAGCAGGAGGAGUGGUCUACCCAACAACAUCCUGACCUCCUCAAGUCCCAGUGGAGGGGUUACCAGACAGGCUCCCAUUUCUCCGUGCCCAGCUUGGGCUCAACAGGCUCCACUGCAGCCUGUAACGCUCCUGUCCCAUCUUUCAACCUUAAAAGGAGACCCUCCCUUGUCCCCCCGUUCCGCCUGAACGUGGAUUCACUGAUCGGUGCGGAGGAGACAGACGUGGACACGGGAAACAAAGUGAAUCACGGCAGCAGUGCGGACCUUUCGGUGGUGUCUGCUUACAUCAAAUCCAGCCUGCCUUUGACCCCGCGGCCAUUAUCAGCGCCUCCGGAAGAAGUCAGACCCACCUUCUCUCCUGAUAUCCCAGACAAUGCCUACAAAUCAGCCACUUUGGGCCGAACGCCAAACAGCUUCUCGAUCAACAGCACGCCGUCCACCUUGAUGGAAGCACGUCUCCAAAGUGGCAGCUUAAGCACAAGUGCCGCGCCGUCCUCGAGCGAAGUUUCCAUCAACCUGUCAGACAGCUGCAGCAUUAUUAGUGCACCGACUGAAGAGGCAGACAGGAUAGAAGAAGAGCAGGAAUUUUACAUCUGAUUUAAAGCUGAACGGAUUGAAUUUGGCCACAGAUGUGAUCGGUUAACACAACUCUACUCUGCCCUCUAGUGGCUUAUAGUAAAAGUACAGUAAACCUCAGAACCAGAGGCAUGUCUUGUGUUUCAUUGGAUGUAGAUAAGAGUUCUGUAAAUAUCAGCCACAUUUUAUCCUCAUUUAAGGGAUCAAUCAGAAUUCUGUACAGAACUUUGUAUUCUUUAAAAUAUAAUCCUCUCCUGUUCCAGGUUAAAUGUUACCUUUAUAGCACAGUUAGGUCUAUCUACAGUGCUUUGCAAAAUGGUUGAUCAAUAAAAGGCAGGGGAUAUACUGUUUUCUAUUGUCUGUACAUUUUUACUGUAGUUAAAACAGCUGGCUUUAGGAGAAUAUACGGUUUUCUAAAGCUAAAAAGUGAAGUACUUGCAUUGUUUCUUGCUAAAUAGCUCAUUCUCACUCUAUAGAGUUUGUGCUGAAAGAUGAGCAUCUGCCCCAGUCUCAAUUAUUUUUAAAACCACGGGAGGUUUCUUUUCAUGUUUUGCCUUGUAUUUACCUCUGUGCAUUUUCCCAUAUCGUACCUGUCUCCCUCUACCUGCUGAAGAAAAGUUUCCCCACACCAUGAUGCCGUCACUACCGUGGUUCACAGUGAGGAUGACGUUCAGGGUCGUGUGCAUCCAAAAAGGAAAUUUGGGUUUCACCUGACCAGAGGAUUUUCUUCCUUUACAUGACUUUUGACAACUACAAACUGGACUUCUUGGGGCUCAAAUCUUUUCCUUUGUAUUUAUCUGUAACAUAAAAUAAAAAUAAAAAUAGUGACAAAUAAAUAAAAGCUAAAUGUACUGCAUUACUGCAAAAUGAUCAAAUAUGCAGAAAAAUAUUGAGCGGGUUACAAGUCUAGCAGCUUUAA